UUUGAGCUUCCCGUCGCCGCCACAGGACGUCCUCAUUGCAACAAACGCUACACUAGUACCCCGUUUUAUACAUUUCGCACACUGGAUUAGAUUGUAUUUAUUACAAAAUUAAAAGAGCAACGUUUAAGCUAUAUUAUUGUUAGUAAGGAGGCGUUGACAGUUGGGGUAACGUUUGUAAUGUUAUGAGAGCAGUAAUUAAGCUAACGUUUGUAAGAAACACACAGGCGGCGGCGCCAAGAAGCGUUAGCCCUUUUUUUUCAUUUACCUCUCUAAUGGUCUGAAGGUUUUCCUCCAAAAUGAUGAACUAUUCCGACUACGACUCUGACGGAUACUCGUCUAAUGAAGAUGCAGACUACGUCCCGUCAGAUGAUAACCUCAGCGAGGAUGACAUCAAUGAGUGUGAAAAGGAAGAGCCUCUCCACGAGGGCGACGAUGUGCCGCACCCUGACAACGGCAGCAAGAAGAAGAGGAAGAAAAAGGACAUUGGUGUGAGAAAGAGGAAGAAAGGUGUUCUGAAAGUAGACGGGGAAGAGAAGGACGGCGGUGGAGCGGACGAGGCACAGCCACCGCCGCAGGACGAGGUGCAACCGAAACUCCCUGGGGGGCGGCAGGAGGACGAUGAAAGCCAGAAGAAGAAAUCCGAUGACCUCUGGGCGAGUUUCCUGUCUGACGUUGGAUCCAGACCCAAAGACCCCCCACCUGCCUCGCAGACCAGCACCACACCCAAGGAUGAUUCCUCAGUAUUGAAGGUUGCUCCUUUGAGUUCAGAAACAAAAGCAUCAGAACCUGCUAAAGUCACCAUCACACAAGUGUUUGACUUCGCUGGAGAAGAAGUUAGGGUGGAAAAAGUGGUGUCAGCAGACUCCAGAGAAGCUAAGAGUUAUCUGAAGAGUCAGAACACCAAACAGGAUGGAAGUGGAGACGAGACCGAGGAGGCCUCAUCACCCCGACAACCACCUCCUCCUGGCCCCAGCGCCAAGCGGCCGGCAGGCGUGUCGGGCAUCCUGGGUCGCAUCGGGGCGAAGAAGCAGAAGAUGAGCACGCUGGAGAAGUCUAAGAUGGACUGGGAUGCCUUUAAAUCAGAGGAGGGCAUCACUGAGGAGCUGGCCAUCCACAACAGAGGCAGAGAGGGGUAUGUGGAGCGGAAGAACUUCUUGGAGCGUGUCGACCACCGCCAGUUUGAGUUAGAAAAAGCAGUGCGACAGAGCAACGUGAAACAAUGACACAGACUGUCGACACACACACACACACACACACACACACACACACACACACACACACACACACACACACACACAGUGGAACAGAUGUUUAGACUCCUGUAUCUCUCUCCCUCUCCCUCUCUAAUGACAGAGUGCUGAGGCUCCAGUCUAUUCCAGGAUGGGGUAUUAAUACGCUGAGUUUGUGGUGCGAUGGGGUGUUGAGUGUUCCUGUACUUCCAUCCUUGUGAGAACAAAUUAGAGUUUCAAACCUCCAUACUAAGGGCAUUUUUGGGGAAGUGAGGUCACUCUUGCCUGUCCUACUUGACAGAUUGGCUGAUUUAGGAGCAGGACUUAGUUUCAGGUUUAAAGAAUAAUUCCGGUUUGUACACACUAACUUGUCUUAUUUUUGUAGUUUUGUCCAUUGUUUCUAUCCGGUUUUUAUAACAUCCUGCUCACCAAGGUACAGCAACUGCUGAGAUCUGGGACCACAGUGACCGGUCAGAAACAACACCAGCAGCCAGAUGAUGAGGACCUGGUUAGGGUUGAGGUUAGUUAGGGCGGUGAGCCGAGUGACUGCUAUUGAAGUAUGUUUUUAGUACUGUCACUUUUCCUUUGAAGGUUCACUUCUAGGCCCCGUUUGCACCUGGCGUUAACGUGAUCUGUAUCUGGAUACCUUAAGCCUAAUUCAGACCAAAGAUUUGCGACGAGACUAAAAGGUUGCAGAAAAGUUGCAGCGGCCUGGCUCAAACUCAAGCCAGCCCAGUGGUGUAGUCUAAUGUGUUGUAGUGGGUAUACUGUGCUGUGUAUGGGCCAGAAUCUGCCUUUGGGGGAG